CCUGAAAUUGAAUUCGCUUCAUAUGUUUAUUUAUUUAUUUAUUAUCAUCAUUAUUUUAUGUGAUCGCUCCUGUUCGCCAAGCUAUAGUUUUGUUUAAAACCGAGCUUCUCCCAGCCUGCCUCCUUUGGCUUCGUUUGGAAGUUGCUGGCAGGCGGGAGCGCGCAGCGUGGUCGCGUUGCGCUCACUGGAGCAGCAGAGGCGCGUCCGCGUUGCACCACGAGCGAGAUUCUGCAGCUCCCUCUUGUUUCGAAGUUCGUUCUGACCACUUCCCCGCGAGGAGAGCUCGUGAAUUUUUUUUUAAAAAAAACGAAAACAAAACAAAACAAAAAAAAAAACUCGCCACUUUAUUCACAAUCCAGAUCGGUUAUUUUCUAGAGUGGCCAGUGGCAGCCCGCGCGAGGUUGGACCUCGCUUGGUCCAGCUGUCCGACGGCUGGCAAGUUGGAGAGCACGAAAGAGUUUUUUUUGCCAGUGUGAGCAAACACUUCAGAACCAAGGACAGAUCCAAGCAGUAGCCUGGCAAACAUCUUAUUACAAGAGGGCUGGUCACCUGAAGCGGCUCGCGCUGCGUGCGCGAUCACCAAGGAGAGCUGCACGCCAAUAACAUUUCGGGAAGUGGUCAACAUGCUUUGUCCAGUAUCAAGAAACACGCACUGUCUGUAAACAACCACCUUCCUCCACUUCGAUUUACCGAGCCCAACAUCCUGCUCCCGCCAUGCUGAGCGCCACGCUUCGCCUCAGGUCAUCGGCCAUUCCGGCAUCUUCCUACUGGCCCCUCCACGUCCUCCUGCUGGAGCUGCUGGUACCGGGUAGCCUGCCCAGCAUGUCCAGAUUCCCCCCUGCGGCCAAGCGUGAGAUCCUCAUAGACGGCGACUUGGUGAUCGGCGGCCUCUUCCCGGUGCACCACAAAGGCGAAGGGACGGAGGACUGCGGUAAAAUCAACGAGGAGCGAGGGAUCCAGAGACUGGAGGCCAUGUUGCUGGCGCUAGACGAGAUUAAUUCCAGUGAUCGCAUCCUUCCCGGACUGCAGUUGGGGGCGCACAUCCUUGACACUUGCUCAAAGGACACCUACGCUCUGGAGCAGUCCCUCGAUUUUGUCAGGGCGUCCCUCACCAAGGUGCACGACCCAGGCUUCAUCUGUCCGGAUGGGUCCCGACCCAUCCAGAAUGAGGUCCCGCUGGCCAUUUCGGGGGUCAUCGGCGGAUCCUACAGUGAUGUUUCUAUCCAGGUGGCCAACCUCCUGCGACUCUUCCAAAUCCCUCAGAUCAGCUACGCCUCCACCAGCGCCAAACUAAGCGAUAAAUCCCGUUAUGACUACUUUGCCCGCACCGUUCCCGCGGACUUCUACCAGGCCAAAGCCAUGGCGGAGAUUCUGCGUUAUUUCAAUUGGACAUACGUGUCGACCGUAGCCUCGGAGGGCGACUACGGCGAGACGGGCAUCGACGCCUUCCAGCAGGAGGCCCGCUCUCACCAAAUCUGCAUCGCCACCUCGGCCAAAGUGAGCCGCUCCAUGAACCGCCAGGGCUUCGAGAACGUGAUCCGCUCCCUGCAGCAAAAGUCCAACGCCAAGGUGGUCAUCAUGUUCACCCGCAGCGAGGAUGCCAGGGAGCUGCUGGUGGCCGCCGCCCGCAUGAAAGUCUCCUUCAUUUGGGUGGCCAGCGACGGCUGGGGGGCGCAGGAGAGCGUGGUGAGGGGCAGCGAGACGGCAGCCGAUGGCGCUUUCACCAUCGAGCUGGCCUCCUACCCCAUCAGAGAGUUUGAAGACUACUUCACGAAACUGAACCCGUACACCAACACCAGGAACCCCUGGUUCAAGGAGUUCUGGGAGCACCGCUUCGGCUGCAGCCUCCAGGAGCACGGAUGCAGCGACCGCAGCCUCAGAGACGGCACUUUUGAGCAGGAGUCCAAGAUCAUGUUUGUGGUCAACGCGGUCUACGCCAUGGCCUACGCCCUGCACAACAUGAGGCAAGCGGUGUGCUCUAACACAUCCAAGGUCUGUGAAGCCAUGAAACCGGGCAACGGAAAACGCUUCUACAAGGAGUUCAUCCUGAAGACCAAGUUUGAAGCUCCGUUUCGACCCGUCGACACAGAGAACAUGGUGCGCUUCGACUCGGUUGGCGACAGCAUCAGCCGCUACAACAUCUUCCACUACCACAAAGAAGACGGGAAGUUUGUCUACAAGAAGGUCGGCUACUGGGACCAGAACCUGACCCUGAACACCACCCUGGUGAGCUGGCGCGGCCUGUUUCCGCCCACCUCGCAGUGCAGCGACCCCUGCAGGAAGAACGAGGUGAAGAGCAUGCAGCCCGGGGAUGUGUGCUGCUGGAUCUGCAUCCCCUGCCAGCCCUACCAGUACCUGCAGGAUGAGUUCACGUGCGCCGACUGCAGCUUCGGGCAGUGGCCCCUAGACAACCUGACGGGAUGCUACAAUCUGCCCGAAGAAUACAUCCGCUGGGAGGACGCGUGGGCCAUCGGGCCCGUUACCAUCUCCUGCUUGGGAAUAAUGUGCACCCUGUCUGUGGUGGGUCUGUUCUUCAAGCAUAACGAAACACCCGUGGUGAAGGCGAGUGGACGUGAGCUCUCCUACAUCCUCCUGCUGGGGGUCCUCAUGUGCUACAGCAUGACCUUCAUCUACAUCGCCAAGCCGUCCACCGCCGUUUGCACGCUCCGCCGACUGGGCCUGGGCACGUCGUUCGCCGUGUGCUACUCGGCCCUUCUCACCAAGACCAACCGAAUCGCUCGCAUCUUCAGCGGCGUGAAGGACGGCGCCCAGCGGCCGCGAUUCAUCAGCCCGGCCUCCCAGGUGGCCAUCUGCGGAGCGCUUAUCUCCUGCCAGCUCCUGGUGGCCGUCAUCUGGCUGCUGGUGGAGGUGCCCGGCGUGAGGAAGGAGGUGAGCCCGGAGCGGAGAGACGUGGUCACCCUCAAGUGCAACAGCAGGGACUCCAGCAUGCUCAUGUCGCUCACCUACAACUGCGUCCUCAUCGUCCUCUGCACCGUCUACGCCUUCAAGACGAGGAAGUGCCCGGAAAACUUCAACGAGGCCAAGUUCAUCGGUUUCACCAUGUACACCACCUGCAUCAUCUGGCUCGCCUUCCAGCCCAUCUUCUACGUCACGGCCAGUGACUACAGGGUCCAGACCACCACCAUGUGCAUCUCUGUCAGCCUGAGUGGCUCCGUGGUCCUGGGCUGCCUGUUCGCUCCCAAGGUCCACAUCAUCCUAUUCCAGCCUCAGAAGAACGUGGCCUCGCUGCGGGUCACAGCCAACCGCUUCAGUGCCACCGUGUCGGCCUCCGCAUCCGCUCCCAGCUCCAGUUACUCCAAAGGGUCAGCGUCCAACUAUGUGCCAGCGGUGUGUAACGGUCGCGAGGUGGUGGACUCGACGACUUCCUCUUUGUGAGCGCAUGCUAUCAUCGGUGCGAAAAAAGGCCCGGUUGCUAGAGAGACAAUAUGCAGGCUGAACCGAUGUUGCCCCAGCGAGGAGUACGGAUGGCUUGUAUAGAUUUCAUAUACUGUGACUUGUUUGGUUUACACUUUGAUGUGGUGAUUUAGUAGGAAAUCAUUCAAAAAGUUAGGCACUCCAAGGCCGGAAUACUCUGUUGUUGGGGGGCGGGGGUCACACUGUCAUUAUUGUGAAAUCUUUAUUGACUGUACAGGUUAGCGUGGUAACAUUCUCAACGAUCGUAGUGUAAAAAAAAAAGAAGUUGACCGUGGAAAUAGUUUAGAAUUUUCAAGCUUUAUUUUUGCGCAUUUUAAUUCAAAAUGAAAUUCAUCAAAUUUGCCAUCAUGAAAAAAAGGUAUUAUAAAUAAACCACAC